UUCAUUCCAUAUAACGAAUAUUUGAACGGUAACGCUGUCUAUGUUUGGUGGUGAUUUGUGAACGAGGAUCCAUUUAACGGGGGGAAGUCAAAAUGAGGGAAAAAUUUUACCCGACCAAAGUUUAUCCUUCAAAAUCAUCUUAUUUCUUACGUAAGAGUAUUAUUGGUGCCAAGGAAACUGGAAACUCUUGGGAAAAAUGUAUACCAGAGUCUUUGCUAAAACUCGAAGACUUCAUAAAAAAAGGACUACUGAUCUCCGAUAUGAAUUUCCUGCAGCAGACAAGAGGGAAACUGGCUGCACUGAAAUAUUCAAAAAUAAAUGGCAUAUGUCGCAAGGGCCACUUCACUCUAGACGUGCAGGAUAUGCGUAAAGAAGCCCUUCUUCGAGUCACACACCGUCGAAUUAAAGGUUACUUGGACAUCCUAGAGCACAGCUUCGAAGAGGAUGUUCCUACAUUUUCCAGUUUCCAGUCCAAAGAGAGUGUCAACCUUGAAGGUAACCAGAAACAUCUCUUAGAAGAUGUAAAAGAGGAGGAGAUCAGCAAUUGUCUGGCUGAUAGCAAUAAAUUGACUCAGCCUCAUACAAAACAAAGGAAAAUUGAAACACAGAACCACUCUGUUGCAUCUUGAGAUCAACCUAGAGAUGUAAGGUAGGCUCCGAGUCCCAGAGACUAUAUUGUUUAUUGUCUGGGGUGGUGACACCUGGUUUUUAUCAGGAAAACUUCGACUGGAUUUCAAAGAACAAUGAAAUCCUUAACAGCAAUAAAAAAGAAAUCAGUGUA